ACAAACCAGGAAGAGAUUCACACGCGCGCUUGUUUCUUUCUCAGAGUUUCAAGGUGUGCAGGUGACGAUGUCAUCAGCAGACGACCAGCUGUCUCUGAAUAUCUGCACCAGCGUCUCAUCCUCUUCCUCCAGGAGGAAGCCUCCCACUUCUCAGCAGAGAUGGGCCAUGAAGAAACAGAAGGCGGAGAAGAGGAGGAGCGGCUCCUCCAAUCAGAGGGUUGAUGACUCAGAGGAGGAGGAGGAGGAGGAGGAAGACUCUCAGACUGACCAGAGGACACCACAGAAGAAGAAGAGGAGGAGGAAGGAGGCAGUGCAGGCGACGAGGAGCAUCCAGACUUCCUCUCUGUUCAAACACAACCCAGAGAUCCCAGAGAUGCUCAGGCCCGUUGUCUCCCAGCUGAAGGAGAAGAUCUUCAGCAGUGACUCAUUCUCAGACCUGGACCUUCAUCCACACCUGGUGGCGACACUGAACAAAGUCCUGAAUGUUUCCACGGUGACCAGUGUUCAGAAACAGACUAUUCCAGUUCUUCUGUCAGGACGAGAUGCUGUGGUUCGUUCUCAGACGGGUUCAGGUAAGACCCUGUCCUACGCCAUCCCCGUGGUUCAGAGUCUGCAGGCGGUCCAGCAGAAGGUCUGCAGGUCUGAUGGUCCCCUGGCCGUCGUCAUCGUCCCCACCAGAGAGCUGGCCCAGCAGACGUUCCAGAUCUUCCAGAAGCUCCUGAAGCCGUUCACCUGGAUCGUCCCUGGAGUCCUGAUGGGAGGAGAGAAGAGGAAGUCAGAGAAGGCCAGGCUCCGUAAAGGAAUCAACAUCCUGGUCUCCACUCCGGGUCGCCUGGUGGACCACAUCAAGAACACACUGAGCAUCGCCUUCAGCGGCGUGCGCUGGCUGGUCCUGGACGAGGCUGACCGAACCCUGGAUCUGGGCUUUGAGAAGGAUCUGACUGUCAUACUGAACAGUCUGAACUCUGCUGGUCCGAGCAGACAGAACGUCCUGCUGUCGGCGACUUUAACUCACGGUGUCACACGGCUCGCGGGCAUUUGUCUUAAUGACCCAGUGGACAUUCAGGUGUCUGGCCCCGCCUCCUGUGACCUCAGCUCUGCCGUGACCUCUGACCUCAGUGCAGACAGCCAACCGGAGAGCUUCGCUCUGCCCGAGGCUCUGAAGCAGUAUGUGCUGCUGGUUCCCAGUAAGCUGCGGCUGGUCUGUCUGGCGGCCUUCAUCCUGGACAAGUGCAAGUUUUCUCAGAACAACAAACUCAUCGUCUUCACCUCGAGCUGCGAGGCAGUCGAGUUCCUGCACGGCCUCUUCACCUCGGUCCUCGCCAGGCCCUCCUCCAAUCAGAAGCCUCGGCUCAGCUUCCUUCGUCUCCAUGGCAACAUGAAGCAGGCGGAGCGCUCGGAGGUCUUCCAGCAGUUUUCUGUGUCUCCGUCUGGAGUUCUGCUGUGUACGGACGUAGCAGCCAGAGGUCUGGACCUUCCUCAGGUCACCUGGAUCAUUCAGUACACUCCUCCGACGACUGCGACAGAGUAUGUUCAUCGAGUCGGUCGGACGGCUCGUAUUGGAGGAAGAGGAAGUAGCCUCCUCUUCCUCACUCCUGCUGAGACCGCCUUCAUCCCCGAGCUGGCUAAUCACAACAUCAGCCUAUCGGAGCUGAAGUUGCAGGACAUCCUGUCCAGUCUGAUGAUGGAUGACACCUACAAGGGGCGGGGCAAAUACCACAGCAAGGCAUCAUCUAAAGCUCUGGAGCAGGAGACCAGAGAGAGGGCGACAGUUCUCCAGACGGAGUUUGAGAACUUUGUUCACUUGGAUGCUGAGUCGGUGCAGAACGCCAAGAGAGCGCUGCAGUCCUUCCUGCGGGCCUACACCACCUACCCCACCCGCCUCAAACACAUCUUCCACAUCCGCUCCCUCCACCUGGGACACGCCGCCAAGAGCUUCGGCCUCAGAGACGCACCGCAGGACCUGAUCGCCCCCUCGGCCCCCCGGGCACGGACCCACAACAAGAACCAGAACCACAAAAAGGGGACCAGCAGCCGGCCUGCAGGGGCAAAGAGGCUCAACAAUCGCCAGAUGCUGCUCUCAGAGUUCUCCAGUGGGUUGGAGGGAGCAGAGUCCAAGAAGAGGAAGAAGAAGAAAAAGGUGCUUGGUCAGUUAGGAGAGGAGGAGGAAGAGUAGGAGGAAGAGGAGGAAAACUACAGAUAGCCGACUUGACUCUUUCACUUCAUGAAGCGUUUCAGAAAGAGGGAACAUUGUCGUUGAGGAUCCUCUGUUGCUGCUCUCUGAUUGGUCGACAGAUGUCCUUACUCUUUAAAUAUGUUUUUAUUGACAUUCUUACUUUUUGACUUCCAGGAGAAACAAACUGAUGAACUCUUUCUUUGGUUCCUCAGAAUAAUGUGAUGAAGAUGAGUUAAAUAUAAAAACAUGUUUUUUACUGUUUGUAUUUGAUGAAGAUUCAUUUAUCUGUUGGAAAAUAAAAUAUUUUUCUCUCGAAGGCAAAA